GUGGUUUGUUUUCAUUUUUUUUUGUUCACUUUACCUUCAAUUAAUAACCGAUUCUUAUCCUUCAUUUUCUUGUUAAUACCUUCACACUUAUCAUCUGUAAAUAAUCAUCUUCAGGACAAUUUAAUAGCUGUUAACCUUUUUUCACUCCCUCUCGACGUUUCCUUCAUCAACAACUUUUUUUACUGGCCAUUCUGGUAAAUUAAACGCUCUCGAUUGUGCCACCCAACAAAAGUCUCAUAGUGGACAACACUCCAUGAAUAAUUUGAGGUUGUACCAGAAACAUGGAUUUCUCUCAUGGAAAUUUUUAUACCUAAAAGAGAUGAGUUUUACAAAGAAAAGGAUCAAUUUGGUAGUUUCAAUUUCCCAUUUGUCAUUCAGGUAAAAGUGGAUUUGCAUGUUGAUGGAUUAAUGACUUCCAUUGCUUCGAUGAGAUACAACCUGGCUCCGAGUUGACAUUCACCGCAUUAAUCAUUAUUGGUGUCACAGUUUAACUGGUACAGGUCAAUCCGUUUACAUGAUAUCACAAAUGUUCCAAUGUGCAACCAAUUGUAUUUCAUGUUUUCAUGUAAAAAAUAAGUCAAUUGUUGCUUAUUGGUUGAAACUGAUUGAGGCAAUUUUGUUACACUUUGAUUGCAAAAUGGAAUUGCCUUCACUGAUUGAAAAUGAUAGUCGAUUUAUUGUCCACGAAAAUUAUUUCAAGGCUUUAGUUUUUUGAUUUGAUCAAUAUUCUAGAUUUUAGAUAUACUUUUCAUUAAUUUCUCAGGGGGGAAAUUAGUGAAUCAUUGUUAGAUGUUACAAUAUCAAACAUUUUUGAACAAUAUUUUUCACUUUUUCACUCAAUUUUAUAUCGAUAGAUGACACCACAUUCUCAAGGUAGGCACAAUGCUUUGAUAAUUCAAGGCAUUUGUUUUCAAACAAAGAAAAAAAAAAUAAGUAAAUAAUAAUCAAAUAUUUUGACAGAUUUAUUUUAAUUUGUAAUAAUUUAAAAUGUUUGUUACAAAUUGUUAACGGUCUGUCCAAAAGUUUACAUUAUUCUAGUGAUAGUGAACUAGUCAUUGUUUCCUGUUAUUUUCUUAUCUAUGUAUAUUGUGCUUUCAAGGAAAUUUCUGUUAAAAGGUAAUCCAACUACACUACAUGAAAUGUUAUAACUUAAGAAAUUAUCUCAUGGAUACGCUGUCACGCUGAUUCUAACAAUACUUUGGUUUGUUAUUGUGAUUUCAAAAAUUUCAUUCGACUCAGGAUCUUGAUCUAUUUUUUCUACCAAUAGUUGACUUUGUUGCUAUUUUCCUGUCACAAUGAACGCAUUGAGUUUGUAUGUGACAACAACUCGCAUGUUAUUCCAAGCUGACAUUGAUGAUAGUGGUGCUUGGAAUGAUAUUAAUCGUUUAAUGUCUUAUCUAAGACAAUCAUUGACCUGUUGUGUAUGUGGUAAUUUACUUUAUAUACCAAUGUCAUCUACUGUUUCAUCAUGUCAACAUCAUGUCUGUAAAUCUUGUGUUGGUGGUAAAAUGAGAUUAAAACCAUCAUGUUCUUGGUGUAAAGAUCAUUCAAAAUUUAUUGAAAAUAUUCAACUUAGAAUACUUCUUCAAUGUUACAAGCAGUUAGCUUCGUUUAUUUUAUCUUCAUCAAUGGUUGACAAUUGGGGUUAUCUUGUUUGCGAAACAAACCAAGCAUCUUAUUCAUCUUUACCAAAUAAUUUUAAUGGUCCAACAACAUUUCGACAGCUUUUGGAGGAAGGAUCAAAUUUUCAUGAUAAAUAUACAUUUUCAGAACCUCCGCCAUUAAGAAGUUUCAGUCGCCAGACUUAUGGUAACAAUCAUCACAACUAUAAUCUCCAAAAUCCUUUACAUCAACAGUUAAAUAAUAAUCAUAGUAAUCAAAGCAAUUUAAACUCGCAACAACUCUCGCAAAACAGUAUCAAUUCAUCUUCACCACAAACUUAUUCACUCAAUGACGGCGAUUCGAAAAGUAAUACUAAUGUUAAAAAUUCCAUCAGCGAAAGUAGCAGUAAUGUGAACAAUACCGGCAGAAUUAACAGUAUUACAAAUAUUGGUAAUAGCAUAAACAUUGUUGGAAGUAUCGUUCCAUCUAUUACCCUGAGAGAAACAAUGAAUGGUGAAAACACUAAAACUGGUAUAUUACUUAAAGCAAAUCCAACGCAAGCAAUUACAUUCAAUAGGAAUAUAAUUAAAGCAGACCAAACACAAUUUAAUAAAAUAUUAACAGGAUCUUUGAUAAACUCGUCAAAUAAUCAUUCGCCAGUUAAUCGUAAAGUACGCAGAGGCUGUCGAUGUGGCUUAGCUACACCAAAUCCCGGUAAAUUAACCUGUUGUGGUCAAAGAUGUCCUUGUUAUGUUGAAAGUAAGGCUUGUAAUCAGUGUAAAUGUCGUGGUUGUCGUAAUCCAAAUAAAGUCUCCAAUUUAACAACAAUCAAUAUAAUUUCAUCAGGAUCAUCAUCAUCAACAACAACAACCACAACAGCAACAUCAACAUCUAUGUCAGUUUCAACUUCUACAACUCCUUCAACAGCGUCAUACUCAUUAACCUCGAAACCGUCUGAAACAUCUUCGAUAAUAUCAAUUCCUGCAGGGAUUGCAUCUAAUCUAUUUCAAAUUCCCAUUGUUAAUAAUGAAAGUAUAGUUAAAGAUAUUUGUAAUAAUCAAGUUUUAUUGACGACCAACCUUGAAGCUGAAAGUCUGAUCGAGAGUGUAAAAAACUCGAAGGACCUCACGUUUGAAUCACAGAUUAUAUGAAUCUAUUAAAUAUAUAUCUGAAUAUUAUUAGAUACAAAUAUUUCAUCAGAUACUCUUUAUGUAUAGUAUAUUGACAAAAUCAUGACACAAUUAUCUAACAAAUCCAAAGUUCACAACUUUACUAACCCUGAAAAUCCAAUUCACAAAUCAAGUUCAACUUUUAUUGUAUUUUUAUUUAUCUCAUCAAAAGUCUCGUUUUUUGAGCCCCCAAUAAAUACGCUUUAUUCAAA